GGCGGGGCGCGCGCUCGGCUGUCCGCCCGCAGGGUCCCAUCGCCGCCGGUCUUCCCCUCCCCUCGCCGCCCCUCGCCAUGAAGGUCGCCGCCGCCUCCCCCUCGCCGCUGCCCGCCGGCGCCGGCGGCUCGCUGAAGGCGGUACGACCCGGGGAAGCCGCUCGCUGCGGGCCGGGCCCGGGGGUGUCCCCGGGAGCGGCGGAGCAGGCGGCCGCCGCGCUGCUGUACGACAUGAAGGGCUGCUACUCGCGGCUGCGGGCGCUGGUACCGACGCUGCCGCGGCACCGGCGGGUCUCCAAAGUGGAGCUGCUGCAGCACGUUAUCGACUACAUCUGGGACCUGCAGCUGGCGCUGCAGCGCGGGCCCCCCCGCCCCGCCGCCGCCGGGGACCCCCCCGAGGCUCCGUGCAUGCCCGCUGCCGACCGGAUCCUCUGCCGCUGAGACCGCUCCGGACCCGUCACGGACACCCCCGGGACCCCGGCCCCGAGCGCCGCCGCUCGCCUGCAUCCCGGGACCCCCGCGGCACGGCGGGGACCGGCAGCCGCGGCCCCCUCCCCUGGCGGGGCUGCCCCGGGGGGGGAUCCCCCCGCAGCCUGGGCCGGGGGUGCUGCCCGGCGGCCGCGGGACGUAUCCUUCUCAGAUUGCUGAGAGCAUUCCCCGUAUUGUAUAUUACAAUGAUGCUGGAGAAUAUUGUUUUACAAUAGCUGGAGUUUUGUUAUUAAACAAGCCCUGAUGACCA